AAACGGAGAUCAACUUUCUGUUGCUCUCAGUCAUUAGUCACUUCGUCUUCUCCAGAAAGUGGUUUGCACACUAGAAUCAUGGCAGCCCCGGAUCCAAACGCUCGGUCGACGGAAGGCAGAACAUAUCCUGAGAAGCAAGUUGACAGAGCCCACCAUUUGAUACAGAAGUGCAUUGAUCAGUACAUGGACCGCGACGAAACAGCCCGCAAGUUAGAAGUUCAAUUCAGGAUCAACCCCCACCUAACACGUAUCGUUUGGGACAGAUUGGAAGAAGACAAUCAGGAGUUUUUCCAGAAUUACUACACAAGGCUAGCGUUGAAACGACUGAUCGUCAAGAUCAAUGAAUUGCUCGACCAACCGCCUCGAGCCAUGGAUUUUCCUCUGGUGCCUGCAGAGCAACAAAUGUCAACGGAAUUGGCAGAGACAGCUCCACAGGCUGACUCUCCAGUGAGCAUAACGAACAAUGAGAAUGAAGCUCAAUCUGGUCCGAAUCCUGUCGGCUCUAUCGGAUCAGAAGAUGUGGUGGGGUCUGAUCCAAAUCUGGUGCCCAGCAUUAAUCUUGCUCAGUCUCCAUUGGAAGGACAAGGAAUGAAGACAAAUGCUACGUUGGACGCUGCACUUACGCAGAUUUCGCAAGUCCAGAACCUUAUCACUGGUGGCAACCAUGCUGCAAACUUCAGGGGACAUGCUCAACCAUCGUCUUCAGUGGCUGGAAGCUCCAGCCACUUGGAUUCAAAACCUGAAGAAAGUGGUUUUCACAGUAGAAUCAUGGCGGCCCCGGAUCAAAACGCUCGGUCGACGGAAGACGACGAUGUUCACAAAGAGAUUGACAGGGCCAAAGAUAUGAUAGAGCGGUGCCUUCAGCUGUACAUGAACCGUAACGAAACAGCCCAUACGUUGGAAGUUCAGUUUGGAAUCGACCCUCGUCUCACCCGUCUCACUUGGGACAAAUUGGCAGAAGAUAAUCCUGAGUUUUUCCAAAAUUACUACACAAGGCUAGUGUUGAUAAAACAGAUCAACAGGUUCAAUGAAUUGCUCGAGCAACAGCAUCGAGCCAUGAAUAUUCCUCUGGUGCCUGAGCAACAAAUGUCAACGGAAUUGGCAGAGACAGCUAAACAGGCUGACUCUCCAGUGAGCAUAACGAACAAUGAGAAUGAAGCUCAAUCUGAUUCGAAUCCUGUCAGCUCUGUUGGAUCAGAAGUGGUGGUGGGGUUUGAUCUGAAUCUCAUGCCCAGCGAUAGUCCUGCUCAGUCUCCAUUGGAAGGACAAGGAAUGAAAACAAAUGCUGCCUUGGACUCUGCACUUAUGCAGAUUUCGCAAGUCCCAAACCUUAUCACCGGUGGCAGCCACACUGCAAACUUCAGGGGACCUGCUCAACCAUCGUCUUCAAUGGCUGGAAGCUCGAGCCACUUGGAUUCAAACCCUGAAGAAAGUGGUUUUCACAGUAGAAUCAUGGCGGCCCCGGAUCAAAACGCUCGGUCGACGGAAGACGACGAUGUUCACAAAGAGAUUGACAGGGCCAAAGAUAUGAUAGAGCGGUGCCUUCAGCUGUACAUGAACCGUAACGAAACAGCCCAUACGUUGGAAGUUCAGUUCGGAAUCGACCCUCGUCUCACCCGUCUCACUUGGGACAAAUUGGCAGAAGAUAAUCCUGAGUUUUUCCAAAAUUACUACACAAGGCUAGUGUUGAUAAAACAGAUCAACAGGUUCAACGAAUUGCUCGGGCAACAGCAUAGAGCCAUGAAUAUUCCUCUGGUGCCUGGUAAGGCUGUCAUCGUAUAGAAUUCCUUCGGUUCA